CCGUACAUAAAGUGAAGCAAAGCGCAUCCGGCUGUGAUUUAAUGCUACCCCGUUGUCAUAUUUGCAGGAAAAUAGGUAAGUAGUAAGUAUUAGUACUUUUUAUUGACGUUGAUACUUGAGUUUUUUAAGCCUUUGUGAUUGUUUGUCAAUAUUAAAGUAAAGUCGCUAUCUGCUUUCUGCACAAAACUGUCGAAUUUGCAGCUUCGGUGAAGUCUGCUGUCAAGUUACUGGACACGUGGUAUUUGCACAACACUUCUGAAUCCGCAGCUUCGGUGUUUUAAGGCUGUUUCGAUAUGGAGAAGAAGUGGGAAGAGAUUUACGCGUUUAUUUCUGCGGGCUCCAACCCUUCAGGAUAUGACAAGGCUCAGAGGCAAAACCUCAGAAGAUAUGCCUCAAAAUUCCAACAAAAGGAUGGAGAACUCUUUGUUGGAACCAGAAGAGUAGUAAAAACCAUGGAUGAUGCCAGGAAGCUAUUUCAUGAGUUUCAUUCAUCUCCAAUUGGAGGACACACUGGCACACACAAAACGCUAAAUGCAGUGUGUUCCAGAUUUUACUGGUUUGGUAUGAUAGUUGACAUUAAAACAUGGAUUCUGGAAUGUGACCAGUGUCAAAAAGUUGGGAAACCACUGACUGCUGUGCAACCGUUGCAGUGUAUUCAGAGCCCUCCGAAAACUGGUGAAUGACCAGCAGAAUAACUGGGAUCUGUAUCUAGAUCCCACCCUGUUUUCACUGCGGUCAAAAGUACACACCACAACAAAAUACUCACCUUUUUUUCUGAUGUAUGGAAGAGAGGCAGUAUUUCCAUCAGAAGUGCCUGCUCAAGUGCCGAUUUCCAACAUCAUUCUGCCAGAUGACAAAAGGUACAGUGACUAUGUACAGUCUGAAAGUGAAGCACAACAUGCAGUUAAAGAAACUGCGCAAGAAAACAUUGCGAAGUCACAAGACAAGCAAAAGGUUGCAUACGCCAAGCGGGUCCUGAAAAAGUACAAAAAUGUUGUGUACAAUGUAGGGGAUCAAAUUCUGCUUCUAAAUAUGAGGAAACGUGGGCGAAAAGGAGGAAGACUUGAACCGGAUUUUUCAGGUCCCUACACAAUUGAUGACAUCAGUGGAAAAUGUGUUAGACUGAAAAACGCUGAGGGAAAUACUUUAAAAAGUCUAUACAGUAUUGACCACAUUAAACCUUAUAGAACAAGCCACCCUGUCCAAGUCUCAACUCCAACUGAACCUGUUGAGAGUAGCCCAUCUUCUGAGAUGCAGCCUUGCAGUCCUCAGCAUCAUCCUGAAGCGCUGCAAAAUAACAGACCCUCUGUCAUACAGUUUGCACCAAAAAUAGCUCAGGUAAAAUCAGUCCAAGCACCAGAAGAGCUUGUACCAGUGACCCCCCAGAAACCCAGCACGCAAGAAAAAGUGAAGUGGCUUUGGGCUGCAAAAGACACCGGGCGUGUGGAGGCAGUCGUUGGGCCAUACAAAUUGUAUGACUCUUCUUUUCGCACACUGGAGGACAGUGGGUGGCUUUCUGAUGAGGUCAUUGAUGGAUACCUGCACUGCCUCAUUAGGAAACAAAAGGAACCCGUGUAUCAGUUGUCUUGCGUUGUUGCAACCUCUCUGUUUUCUGGGAAGUUUAAAUGUGUCACCAAGAUGUUGUUUCCGGCUGAGGACAUUUGGUUGUGCCCACUGAACUUCGGUGCACACUGGAUCCUUGUGGUUGUCAAAAUCUCCUCACGAUCUGUACUGCUGUUAGACCCUCUUGGAAAUGAAGGUUGUUAUGAAAGGAAAAUUAUGCAUAACUGGAGCAAAAUGCUGGCUACAUUUUAA